UUCCGUCAUGGCCGUGUCGAGUUGGUAAAUAAUCACACAAAAAUAUCUGUUUAGUAUGGACGAAGAAGAAAGAAAAAGAAAAUUGCAAGCGGGAAAAGAGAAGCUUGCAGCUUUUCAAAAGAGAAAAGCAAAAAAGAAAAAGAAGAGAAAAGAUGUUGCAGAAGCAGAUGGAGAAAGCGAAUCUUCCACUGAUCCUUGUGAUCUCUCACUGUCAAGUGACCAGCAUUCCUUUUCCUAUGAAGAUAGCGACCAAAGAUCUAUGACUAGUGGAGAUGAACUUUCUGCAGCUGAUGAUGAAGUAGGGAGGGAAUUUGAGGCUCAAGCUUCUGAACUGAGAAAUGCUGCACUGCGGAUAACAGAAUUAGAAGAGACAGUUCUUGGGAAGCAGCUAGCCAUAGACAGCUUGACCAAAGAAAAUGAAGCACUGAAAGCUCAGGUUCCAGAAGCUGUCGGUGCUUCAGCAGGUGCCAAAGAAGAUGAAUACAAGAUAACAGUAGAGCAGUACAAUCACAGGAUACAAGAGUUCCAGGCAGCAAUAGCUCACAGAGACGAGCUGAUCUCCAAGCUUCACACAACUCUGCAGGCCAAGUCCCAGCAAGAGCAAGACUCGUCCCAAGGAGAUUACUCCAACGAGACGUCCCAGUUAGCCAACCAAGUUCACGCACUUCAGAAACAACUUCAGGAGGCUGAUGAAGCCCUGAGGAAUCAAAAAGGAGGAUUUGAGCUCUCGUCCCAGGCAUUACAGGAGGCUAAGAAUCAGGUUCUGACUCUGCAGAAGGCGUUAAAAGAGAAGGAAGACGCCCUGUCGGAGCUAACUCAGAAGUUUUCUCAAGCUUCACAGGAGAAUCUGACGUUGGGAGAGCAGGUCGAGGCUUUAAAGAAGAAAGAGAAGGAUUCCAAUGCUGUGGUGCGUCAGUUGAUGACUGAUGUCGAAGAUAUGCAGAAACAGGGCAAGCGGUCAAGCAGUCGGCCAGACAGUCCCAGCAUCUCUCAGACUGACCUCCAGCAGAAAAUGGCUGAGAUGGAGGAACAGCACGGGAUGCAGAUUACUCAGAUUAAGGAGCAGUUGAGAGAACAACAGCGGGAGGAAAAUGAGAAACUGAAUCAGGAACUAAAGCAGCUGACUGAGCAGAACGAAACUCUAACGAAGCAGGCAUCUGAGUGGCAGACUUGGUACCACAGCGUAGUGGAGCAGCUUGGCCAUAUACAGGAAUAUCCGAAACGGCUGAAAUUAUUGGAGGAGGAAAAUUUGUCCUACAAGGCACAGGUUGACGAAGCAAACACAAAGCUUAAGGAGGCUUUGAAAGUUAGGGAAGAUCUGAGCUGCAAGUUGCAAGAGUCGGAAAAAACUAUAGAGGGUCUGUCGAAAAACCUGGAAAAUGCAGGGACCCAAGUGGCAGAAUACGAGCAUAGACUUAAAGAGCAGGAUGCAGAGAUUCAAAGUCUUCAAGUAAACCACCAGCAAACAGUAGAGGAAUUGAAGCACCAGCUUGCUCAAACUGAACAUGAAUUCAAACAAAAUAAAGACUUACAUGAAAGUGAAAUGCAGCAAAUAAAGCUAAAACUUUUGGAGCAAGAAAACCAUCAGAAGGCUGGCAUUGAAGCAAAAAUUGUUAACAGUGUGGACACUUCUAAAGUUGAAGCAUCUCUGCAUGGUGGUGAUGUUGAAAAAGAGUUUCAGAGUAAAAUACAGGCGCUUACUGAGGACUUUGAGGCAAAGUUGCGUAGACAAGAGCAAAAUCUAAAUGAGGUUCAUGAGAUACACCUAGAAAGAGCUCGGGUCGAGUGGGAGUAUGACAACAAGAAGGAAAAAGAACAGUUCAUGAAAGACCAGGAAAUUCUUCUCAAACAGAAAAUAGAUGGCAUUCGAUCUGAAAGUGAGCGCAGAUUUGUCCAAGAGCUACAGAAGGCUCGCCUGGAGCUGGAGAGGGUUCAGACGGAGAAACUGGAGCAGCAACGACUGGCGUAUCUUCAGCAGCAGUUGCACCAGACCACAGCAGGCUCCUGUGAAGUGGACCACCACGAGCUGGCCAAAGUGGUGGACAGGCUGCAGAAAGAAAAUAGGGACUUGGCUGAGGCACGAGACGCUCUGCUAAGACAAGUAGACGAGGUCCACCACAUACAGGAAGACCUGCAGGAAGAGGUGCUCACUUUAUCCCAGCAGAGUCAGCAUCUAGGGGAAGAGAAUAUGCAGUUGGAGGCCCUAAAGCAGCAGUAUGAAGAGCAGUUGGAGAAUGUUAAGAUGCAACUGGAACAGCAGCGUCUUGAACAGCUGGGGACAGUGAAGGAGGUGCAUGAGAGGCAACGAGAGCGAGAACUGUCUGAGCUGCAACAAAAGCAUUCUGAGGAAAUUGGUGCUAUGGCGGGCCAGCUGGACGCCACCCAUCAGGAGAUCUUUGAGAAGAUGAGGAGAAAGAUGGAGGAGAACCACCAGCAGGAUGUGGAAGAAAUAAAGAAGGAUCACCAGGCUGAGAUGAAGCUCCAGCUGGAGGCCCUGAAGUUUACCACAGAGCAGAUCUACAGCAGCCACCUGCAGCUGGUCAAGGCAGAGAAGGAGGCCGAGAUGACCAGGGCGCUGGACAGUCUGAGGGAUACACUGACCAAAGAACACAAGGAACACAUCAACAACUUGCAGUCGUCAUGGGAACAGAAGCUAGAGGAGAUGGACAGGCAGCAUCAGCAGGAUCUGACAGCUAAAACAGCAUCUUUAGAAGAGGAGUCAAAAUUGAUGUUAGAAAAUCUGAAGGCAGAGCACCAGCAAGCCUUGGAGAACCUGAAAUCAGAGUACCAGCAGGGCUACAGCAAGGAAGUGGAGCGGAUGCAGCAGCAGCAACUUCAGGACCAAGGCUCUGUGGAGGAGUACCAGGCAGACAUGAACACAUUACUGCAAGAGAAGGAGAUGCUGGUGAAACAAGCUGAAGAAAUGAGGCAAAACCUCCAGAGAAUCCACGAAGAAGAAAUGUCUUCCCUGAAGAGCGUCAUGGAGGCAGAGUACAACAAGCUGUGGGAGGCCAAGGAGGAGCUAGAGCGCCAUCUGGUGACUAAAGAAGAAGAACAUCAACAGAAUAUGAUCCAGCUUCAGGCACAGCUACAACAAGCCACAGAAGCAGUUAAAAAAGAAGAGAAAGCAAAGGCAGAACUGUUGGAAAGCCAUAAUAAAGAAAUGGCAGAGUUGAGAGCCUUUUUUGAAAAGCAUGUCAAUGACAUAGAGGCAGGCUAUGUGGAAGAAAUCACACAGGUCAAGUCAAAAUAUGAAGAUAGCAUCGCAGACCUCAAAAGUCAGUUGGAAGUCAAAUCACGACCCAGUUCGGCAAGUAUCGAACGCCAGGACUCCGCUGACAAAUCCAGCGAGGCGGAGAUCCGUCUGGCACGGGAACGGGACUAUUUCAAACAAAGCACUAUGUUGACUGUGUUGUCUGAUGUGGACAGCACUCCUCCCACCUCCCCACGUGGCGAGACGGAAGACCAAACCAAGGUCGCUGACCUCGAGAGACAAAUUGAGCUCUUGAAGGAACAGCUAGACACUGAAAAGAGGACGCUCGAAAACCAACAUAUUUCUGAGAUGGAAAAUCUCAAAUCGCAGUUUGAAUUUAAAGCGGAAUUGGACCUUAAAAAUGCAAAGGAUGAGGCAGAAGCUAAAUAUGCCAAAGAAUUGGAGGCUGUUAAUCUGCAGUACAUACAGGCCCUGGAAGAAAUGAAGGCUAAAUACAGUGAAGACCUGACCAAAGAGGUGACGAAAAUCAGACUAGAGGCCGUCGCCGAGGCAGAGAAACAGCUGCAGCAGGAGAAGGAAGACAUCCAGUCUGAACUAGAGCACAAUCACAAGGAAUCUCUGGAGGCCUUGAGACAGGAAUUGGAACACGAGAGAAAGGUGGAGGUCGAAACUCUGCAAUCCGACUUUGCUGCGCAGCAGCUGGUGGAACUGAAACGGUGUCAGGCAGAAAUGACGGAGAAGUUUGAUAAAGAGAAGGAAGAUCUUGUGGCUGAGCUUGAAGAAAGGUUGAAAAAUAGAAUCAACGAGGAUGAUGAAAAAUUAAAGGAGGUUGUUGAGAAAAUAGAAAAAGAACAUAAAAAUGAACUGGAACAGUUGUGUGCCAAGUAUAGUCAGUUAGAACAUGAACAUGGUGAAACAGUGGAACUACUGAAGUCGGCUCAAGAAAUGUUGAACUCUGAAAAGGUCAGAGUUGAGGAGCUUAACAAACAGCUACAGGAUGCACAGACUGAAAUGAAAACCUUCAGAGAAGGAGUGGAGAAGGGUGAGUGUCCCGAAGUUGAGGAGAGGUUCCAGAGGGAGCUAGAGCUGACCAAGACCACAUUACAGCAGGAGUUUGACCAGUUGACCAGUACCUUACAGGCACAGACAGCCAAGGAGCUGCAGCAAGAACAGGAAAAAUUCAUGAACCAGCAUCAGAACAUGAUGGACCAGUUCAUUCAGGAGAGGGAGAAAGAAGUGGAAGAAAUCAAAGAACAACAUUCCAGAAAACUGCAAGAUACCAAUGCAGACCACCAGAGGGCGCUGGAGGUUCUGAAAUCUGAACACCAGAUGGAGCUGCAAAAGAUUCAAGAGGAGCAUGCUGCAGAGAUUGGACAACUGAAAGAAAAGAAGUCAGAAAGGGAUUCUGAAGAGGUUGAUAGGUUGCAGGAGUUGCAGGCCUUGAAAGAAGAGUUUGACCAGAUGCAGAAGAAGCACAGUGACAUCAUAAGCACACUGGAACAACAGCACCUUGAGGCAAUGGAACAGUUGAAAAUCCAAAUUAAAGAAGAGCUGAUCUCAGACCACAUGAAGAAGUUUGAAGAGAUGACGGCAGAGUUAGAGCAGAGUCAUCAGACUGAGGUGGAUGAAGUGAGAGAGAAGUUAGCACAGGAAUAUCAAGAACGCAUAGAAGAAUUGACAGCUCAGCAGGUAGAGCUACAGAGACAACAUCAAGAUGAGUUGAAUGCACUCAGGGAACAGCUUCAGGCGCAGACAACAGCCACUGACCUGCAGCCAGAGGAGCAGGAUGCCGUCAGUGAGGAAGCAGAGCUGAAGGAGGCACACAGCAAACAGUUACAAGAAGUGGAAGAGAAAUACCAGAGUCAGUUGGCAGCCUUGGAGGAGCAGUCAAGAACUUGGCUUCAAGACAAGGAGGCAGAGGUGGAGGUUAUGAAAGGUCAACAUGAGGAAGAGAUGGAGAAACUGAAACAGGAGUUUGAGUCCAUACUGAAGGAAACCAUCGAUGAAUUGAAAGCCGAAAAAGAAAAACAAAAGCAGCAACAGCUUGGCGAGCUCAGAAAAUCACUGCAGAUGGAUAUGCAAAAUUUGAAAGAGAACGUGGUCUCGAUCAAUAUUAAGAAAGAAAUGCAGUUACAGGAGGAAUAUGAAGAGAAAAUGGACCAUCUGCGUCAAAGGCACGAAGAAACCUUGAUGCAAAUGAAAGAAGAACAUGUGAAGGAAAUGGAGAGCAGACGACAGGAAGUGGAACAACUGCAGAAAAAGAUGGAGGAACUUCAGGAAGAGAUGAAUUUGACCAGCCAGGAAAAAGCUGCCUUAGAAGAGCGUUUAAAAACCAUAGGAGAAAGUCACGAUGCAGUGUUGCGUAGAAGAGAUCGUGAAGAAGAGGAAGGGGACAAUUUGCUGGCGAUGCUCAGGUCGGACUUGGACAGACUUAGUGCUGAAAGAGACGCCAUCCAGAAAACAAACGAAAGACUUCUAAGUGUGCUGUCGGACACCGUGAAAACCACCCUGGCCACCGAAGACACCAUCACCACCAAGAUGACCAGUAUGAUGUCUGGGGAAAGCCCGAGUGCCGCCCAGGGUGGCGCCCAGGGGGGAGAACCACAGGGACCAUGCCCCCUGUCUGGUGAGGACCCCAGCAGGAGGAGAGGGAGUGGGGUGGGAGCUGAGAGACCUGAUGACAGUGACCUGGACAGGGGGGACGCUGUAGGAGAGGCUGGUUCCGACUCAGAGCCCACAUUACUGGACACCAGCGCCAUGACAGACGAAGGCUUUGAGCUGUCCCAGCAUCAGAUUACAGACAGCCUGUUCGUGGGACCAGAGCUGGAGCCAGAGGGAGAGGAGAUGGUGGUUGAAUCCUGCACCAGACUCCAGGCAGCAGUCGACCGUCUGCUCGCCAUGUUGGAGCAGACGACACAGCAGCUCCAUGAGGCUCACAUCACCAACCAGGAACUUAUCCAGUUGGUUCAAGAGCGUGCUGGAGAUCAGGAGAUAAUGAGGAAGAGAUGCGAGGAGACGAGCCAGAUCCUGCAGGGAGAGAUACAGGCCAAAGAGUACCUGGUGAUUGAGCUAAAUAAAGCAGAAGGCUUGAUUGAAGGCUACGAAGCAGAGAAACAACAAAGCAGCCAGCAGCUCCGAGAGCUGGAGGAGAAGAAGGAGAGUUUGGUGAUAGAGUUAGAGAGAACAAGGAAUGAACUGAAGGGGUACAGAGAGACAUACUCUGAGGUCCAGUCCCAACAGGAAGAAAUUGACCACCAGAGGGAGACACUGACUCAGAGCCUGGGGCAUGAGGAACAGGAAGUUCUGGCCGUUCACUCUGACACCGCGUCACCCAGUGUAGGGGAAAACCUGCCUGUGCACCAGCAAGAGCUACUCAAGGAGAACGCUCGGCUGAGUCAAGAGAGGCGAGACCUGCUGAAGCAACAUGGGAAAGAGAAGCAGGAGUACGAGGCACACGUUCAGCAGUUGGAGACGGCAGUGGAAGAGGAGAGGCUGCGACUGGAGGACCUCCUGGAGGCCAAGAAACUGGAGAUAGAAGACCUGACUAGACAGGUGGAGGCCAUGGAGAAACAGAUCAAGGCCAAUAAACAGUUCAUGGAGAGCCAGGCAGUGGAGAGAGAACAGGAGAGGGACGACUACCAGAGAGAGGUCCUCAAGCUGAAGGAGGCCUUGAAGGAGAAGGAAAAACACUUGACCACUGGACAGAGGCUGAAAAGAGAGGCAGGUUUAUUAUUUAAUAGUAUAAUAAUAANGCAUUGUUUCUUGUAUGGUGUCUGUAUAUUUGUCAGCUUUACUGUCUAG